GUGGGGGCAGAGAGCCUGUUAGCCGUGCGCGCUGCGAACGCACCACCAGGAGGGGAGACGCUUCCCACCGUCAGCGCCGGAGCAGAGCAGGGGAGCCCCGGCGACCAGGAGGGACACCGAGUCGGCAGCCCGUUUCUCCCAACAGGAAUGGUGACAGCGCCUGCAGACGGACGGACGUGGACGGACGGACGUGGACGGACAGCGUGGACGGAGGGCGCAGGCCCCCGCGGCGCUUCCCUCCUAUCGUAGGAGGAGGGAUCCAGACUUUGCACCAGGAACCGCACCUUCCGCCUACUCCGCCUUUCAGGACCGCGCUGGCUGUGGGCAGGCUUGCGUUUACAAGGAAAUGAUUCCGCAUGAAGUGCGACGCACUCGGCCCCCGGUCGUCCUCGGCGGCGGCAGCAGCAGCAGCGACGACGAGACACUCUGCGCUAUCACACUGAGCCCCUCGAACCACUGAAGACCCCCGGACCGCCCCAGCCUCCCCUCGAACUGCCCCUCAACAUACUCACCACCAUCUUUAAUCCCUCCUCGCCGGCUCCGUACGGUCUGGAUCUUCUUCUUUGUUGCCAAGCGAAGCCCCAAUAAUCAACGGCCUUAUUUGAGCUGAUCGGAGAGCAAAAGAGAGACUGAGGGAGAGAUUUGAAAGUGAGAAAAAGUGACUGUGAAGUGGAAUAAAAAGCCAGAGACCCGAGAGAACAAAGAUAAAAGGUUAAAGGGAACAAAGUACAGUUUGGAGACGUAAAGCAAAGUCAGUAUGAAGUCCAGCCACGAACGCAGCAACGAAUGUCUGCCCCCGAAGAAGCGGGAGAUCCCCUCGUGCACGCUGGCGUCUGACAGCCGCCCGCCGCCCGUCCCGCCCGCCAGCGACAGCCAGCGCAGCGAGAACAUGGCCUGGCUGGCCAGCGUGGCCGGCGGGAACGGGGGUGCACACCGCAGCUCCGGGCAGUCCGACGGCCUCCAGAGUAAAUCCCUCUUCUCCGCAUCGGACUCUUCAUCCUCCUCCUCCUCCUCCUCCUCGCUGAGGCUGCUCUCGGCCCUUCCCGCCGUGUACACGUCGCCCCUGUCGCAGUCCACGGUCGGAGGGACUGUGCAUUACGCGCAGCUGCCCCCCAACCUGCAGUUCAUAGCGCCCCCCUACGCCCCGUACUCCGGCUACAUCUCCCCUCAACUCCUCCCCCCUCCCCCGCCACCGCCCCCGCUCUCCUCCUCCUCCUCCUCCAUGGCCGCGCAGAGACACUCGCUGGCGGAGGCGGCCCCGGCCCCCUCGCACGCCUCCAAGCAGCACGACCAGCACAGGCCGUCCGCAGGGCGCACCUCCAUGCCGCCGCCGUCCACCGACCACGCCCCCCACUACGUCCAGAUGUCAACCUCGACACGGACCGUGCCGUCGCCUCACUACCAAGGAGGCGCUCACCCGCACCAUGCGUUUGGCCAUGGGAUGUCCCACCUCGUGGUGCAGUGUGCGGACCGGCCCGGUAGGAAAGAGGAAAGUGGCUCCAGGGCCCGAGAGCACCACAACGGCGAGCUGGAGAGGGGUCGGCGGUUCGGCGGAGCGUCCCAGGAGUCCGGCCUCUCGAAGCCGGGGGGCAAGUCCCGGGAGGCCGCUUCGUGUCUGUCCCCCUACGAGGCCCGGCAGCUGGUCAUGCACUCAGACUACCCUGCUCGCGACCCCUUAGAGCUGAGGACCUCCUUCAUGCUGAUGCCCAACAGCCACGGGGACCACCAGCUGGCCCCGCCCAGAACCAACCCCGAGAAAACCGCACACCUGGAGAAGGGCGGCGUCCUCCUGGGCAAGCCUGUCCAUCGCACCCCCUCCUCCUCCUCCUCCUCCUCCAGCACCACCUCCCCUUUCGCCUUUCCCACCCCGUUGAGCGCGGACGGCCUGAAAGCCGCCGUCAGCACCUUGUCGCCGCAGACCGUCAUCCAGACCACCCACAGCGCCACGGAGUCGCUGUCGAUGGGGCUGCCCUCCACCAUCUACCCCCAGCCGUCUAUCAUCGGCUACAUCGCGGGGGGCAGCGGGAGCCACCACGCGCCGAUCGGCUACCACCCCGGCCUGCAACAACACUUACUCAUUCCUGGCGGCCAGUCGGUGAUCAUCCCCGUCAGCGGGGGCGGAGUCGCCACAUUGGAGCCGGUCACUUCUCACGUGACGUCGUCGUCCCGGGCUUCGCCCUUUCCUCACACGCUCCCACACACAUACGUCGCCGCCGCCGCCACCACCAAGAGCGAGGAACCCCCGGAGCCCGCCGGUGCCCUCGUAUCUGCAGAGCUCUUCGGGGGCGGUGGUCCCGAGCCCAUCUUUCACCUCCCCGCCGCGCCGGGGCUGGUCGCUCCCUGCGCCCCCGCUCACUCAUCCGGUGCGGAGGCGGUGCCCCCCUCCCUCCCGCCGUACUUCAUCAAGGGCUCCAUCAUCCAGCUGGCCGACGGGGAGCUGAAGCGCGUGGAGGACCUGAAGACGGAGGACUUCAUCCAGAGCGCCGAGAUCAGCAGCGAGCUGAAGAUCGACUCGUCCACGGUGGAGCGCAUCGAGGGGAGCCACGCCUCGGCCGACUUCGCCGCCGUUCAGUUCUCUGUCGGCGAGCACCGGGCACAGGUGAGCGUGGAGGUCUUGGUGGAGUAUCCCUUCUUUGUCUUCGGCCAAGGCUGGUCUUCAUGCUGCCCGGACCGGACCACCCAGCUUCUGGAGCUGCCCUGCACCAAACUCUCCGUGGGCGACGUCUGUAUUUCGCUGACCCUCAAGAACCUGAGGAACGGAUCUCUGAAGAAGACUCAGCCGGCGGAGCUGGCCGCCGCUGCCUCCGUCCCGGCCUCGGGCCACCUCAGACCCCCCAGGGGUGUCUCAGACGCUUCCCAGGGCUCCAGGCGCGGCGAGCGGGAGAAUGGCAUCGGCCAGCGGGGGAAGGGGGGCAACGGGAGUGCCGGGGCCGCCGGCGCGGUAAAUGGGGAGAGAGGGUCCGCUUCGAAAGGUCAGGAGGCCAGCGGCGCAGAAGCCGGCGGCAGGAAGCCAUCGAGAGUCAGGAAGCGAAGGUGGUCCGCGCCGGAAGGGCGCAAAGUAGACAGAUCGGAGGAGGAGCCGCCCCUCACGCUGCCCAAGCCUUCCUUCAUCCCUCACGAGGUGAAAGUCAGCAUCGAGGGAAGGUCAAAUAUUGGCAAGUGAAGGCUACCGGGACCGUUAAAGAACUAUUGGGAUGUGGGAUAAAAACAACACGAAUGCCCACAUUAAUGUUUCAUUUGUCCCGGUUUAAAAGUUUUGUUUUCUGCUUUUAUUUUUCUAUCUUGAAUACUGU